AUGAAGCGAAACCACCCAGAUAAUUCUCUACAAGUGAAUUUUAUAUCCCCACCACCACUCGGAUUUCCAUCGUCGCAGCUGGUGCAGUCCCUUGCUAAAGACAUUUUGAAUGACCUUUCUAUGGUGGAAGCCGAGAUUCGACAGAACACUGGUGCAAGUCUGGUCAUCAAGCAGUUUGUAACGCCUGGGAGAAAGCCCAAAGGGUAUGCAAUCAACAAAGGUCGACGAUGCGACAAUGGACUGACAGACGAUUACCAACAACUUCGCCCAAAAGACGUGUUUCAGCUACCUCCAUCACCACCUCAAAUGACACAGAAUGCAAUAGAACGUCAAACAGGUGUGGACAGACAUGGUCAUUUUAUGGGAGAGACAUCGUUUUAUGAGACCUCUUGGGAGACGCCUGAGGAGAUUCCUUACCCUACCUUGCCAACCUCUGCUUUCGUCCCUCCUCAAGUGUCCCUAGAAGAGCAGGCUGAUUUAGUUCAUUUGUACGACCGGCACGUGAAUUCACUGUUCCCACUCUAUUCAAAACCCUAUCUUUUAUAUUGCUUGGGGUUAUUCCAGCAGAAUAAGCCCUGCCCAUUGUCGCCAUUAUUUUUCUAUUGUCUAUUUUUGUGCAGUACAGGCUAUGAUGAAAAUCAGUCGAGGUUUGCGGACAGAACAGAGGCAAUGAUCACAUAUGUCUCCCAGCUGAUCCCAUUUUACCUCGACUGCCCACGCACAACUACACUUCAGGCAUUAUUAAUGUUCUCUGGAUACUUGGAGCAGACCACUCGUUAUCAACACCAUACAAUGGCAUGGGUUUGGGCUGGAUCGGCUUUUCGAAUGGCACAAGAAAUGGGACUCCACCGACAAACUCCUUCUGAUGUAUGUCUCGAGUCAGUUCAAAGAAGCAUACGUACCUUUUGGUUUGCAUUUGUUAAAGAUCGUUCAAUGAGUCUUACCUAUGGGCGGCCAUUUAUGUUUGAAGAAAAGGAUAUAAAUUUGCCUCUCCCAGUUUGUUUACCAGAUGAGGAUCUAGAUAUACAGCGCUAUGUCACAAACUUUAAUAGUCUGAUCGAGCUCAGCAGACUGCGCGGAAGAAUAAUUAAAUUUAACUAUCUCCCGCAAUCUUCUCAAGGUCCCACCAAGCAUAACCAGCAUAUGCUGUCUACUCUAGACUCAUGUAUUUGUUCAAUGAUUAAAGAUACUAUCAACCAUGCAAAAGAAUCUCCCACCAAGGAUUCGACCUCUUUUGAGCGGAUUAUGCUAUUCGGCUUGCAUAGCCUUUUGAUAUUAUUACACCGCCCGUUUAUUGAAGAAGAACCUUUGCCAAAGAGUACUCAAAACCUUUCUCUCGAGAUAUGUUCUUAUGCGGCUACAAUUAUCACCCACAUGGCAUUAGCAACAUCUCAAAAACUCAGCAUACUCCACCAACACGACGGAGCUAUGUAUGCGAUUAUCACUGCCAUGCAGAUACAUCUCAGGAAUGCCUCAAUAGGAUCUGACCAGAAGCUGACCGCAUUUGGUGAAAUCAACUUUGAAAAGUCUGUGCGGCUUUUCCAAUUGUUGAUUGUUCACAAAGAUUCCAUGUUUGUGGAAACUCUAGCCGCGCUCGAACAAAAAUACCGAGACCGGGAAAACCAUGUGGUUGCUGGCUACUCAUCCAGACUCACUUGUGCUUCUGAACCUUCUAGUCCACGUAGCAUUUGCCAAGACUCACUUAGCUGUAGUGAAGGAUCUCCUCGUAAGAAACACUGUGAAGACCCCGAAGAAAAGCCUACUACCAAGCCAGCUGCCCCAUUUAAAAUUAUCAGCUUCAACCCUGCCAAUCAAACACGCGUCAGUAGGCAAACAAAAGAUAAACAACGGUCCUCACAACAGCAAAAGCAGACGAAUAACUAUAGUCAAAGACAGAAAGAAGUAUUAUUACAAUUCACGGCUCCAGUGGUUACGGAUAAUUCAAUGGUACCUAUCGGAAUGGAUCCAUGGGCUACUCCACAAUCACAGCAUCAAGAAAAUCUUCAAUUGCCGCCAUCGAUGUAUUCUAUGGAGAGUUUUCUUGACUUUGGCGUUUCACAACCCUGGGCAAUACCCUAUCCAAAUACCUACCAGGAUCCCAACCAACCGUUUCCAUUCGUAUUUCACUCGGACGACCGGACACCUGACCCUUCACAACUUCAUGGCUACUCAUGGCCAAAGCAAUAG